CCAUACAGCAUUCAUAACAGCCUCGGAAGAAAUACAAUCUCGCUGGAACGGCAAAAGUGUGCAGGUAAAAAGUAGAGAAACAGGUAUGGCCGACCAUCUCUGUAUCUUGAUUCACGGGCUCUGGGGCAAUCCCAAGCACUUGAAGAACCUCGCGGCAGCACUGCAAGCCGAAUACGCAGACGAUAAGCUACACGUCUUGGUGACGAAGAGCAACUCGAACAACUUUACCUACGAUGGCAUUGAGCUGGGAGGUGAGCGUACUACCAACGAGAUUGAGGAAGAGAUCAAGAGACUUGAGAAGGAUGGCAACAGGAUCACAAAGAUAAGCGUCGUCGGCUACUCUCUGGGCGGACUGGUCGCGCGUUAUGUUAUCGGCUUGCUAUACUCUAAGGGCUACUUCGACCGCAUACAGCCCGUAAACUUCACCACAUUUGCCACGCCUCAUUUAGGCGUACGAACACCUCUCCUCGGUCCACAUAACUACCUCUGGAACGUACUUGGUGCCCGUACUUUGAGCACAUCGGGUCGGCAACUUUUUACCGUCGACUCAUUCCGCGAUACCGGUCGUCCACUUUUGACCGUUCUGGCUGAUCCAAACAGUGUCUUCAUCCGCGGCCUGGCCAUGUUCAAGCAUCGUACUCUUUACUCCAAUAUCGUCAACGAUCGCAGUGUCGUAUAUUACACCAGUUGUAUCACCUACAAAGAUCCUUUCGUCGACCUUGACGCGGUUGAGCUGCAGCCUCUGCCUGGCUAUGAAGGGGUCCUGUUACGACCAGAUGAGCCGGUCCGUCCCAAAUCCAGAGUGCCACUCGGCUUCUGGCCUCGCGUCAGAGCUACGGGCUGGUCAACUCUCACAGCAGUUCCGUUCUAUCUGCUGCUCGCUGUGCUCAUACCUGUUGGAAGUAUGCUUUUCCUGAUCAAUAGUGGGAUCCAAUCAAUCCGAUCUGCUCAGCGCGUCCGCUUGCACGAGUCCGGUGGUGCCGCCUUUGGCAUCGAGCGCUACCGGGCAAAUCCACUUCUCGAGGAGGCUCAGCAACUUGAGGAGCGUGUUUUCGAACGUCUGAACUCGAACCAAGGUCAGGACUAUUUACCAACGCCACCAUCAGAAGAUGAAGAGCGCUUUACGAAAUUCGAGCACAGCGGUGGUCAAUUUAAGGGUCAAGAAAAGUUCCCCACACUGGCUCUGACGUCGGACCAAUUUUACAUGAUCGAGGGAUUGGAUAGCGUGGGUUUCACGAAGUACCCGGUGCACAUCAGCAAAGUACGACAUACCCAUGCAGCCAUUGUUGUAAGGACGAAUCGCUGGGGCUUUGGCGAGGGCAAGAUUGUCGUUGGACAUUGGGUCAAGCAUUUCGAAGUUUAGAAGGAGGGUCCAAUGUUUGUACAACAUUUGUCAAACCAUUAUGUAGACGGUUCUACUUAGAUGUGAGGACAGGGUCCUUUCAUAGCGGCUCCACGUAUAGAAUGUUUCUGCUCAGUGCAAGGACAAUCUCGAAUAGUCUCGUAGAACGUAGAUUGUGAUCCAUU